GCCGGCGAGGCUGCUGACGCCGCGUGUAUACCACCUACGCAGCGCGAGAAAACCCACCGCGCAAAAAUAUUUCAAAAACUCUACCAGAAAAAAAAACAAAUAAUAUUUAAAACAACAAAAUACAAAACGGCCUAAAUUCCAAAAAUAUCGAAAUAAAAAAACCAUAAUUUGGUGACAAAAUUCGAAAUUUUGCGCGCAUGCGUCUUACGCACCGCUGCCGCCCGCCGUCACAUUCAGAUAGUUUUAUGCAAUAGACGCUAUUUAAUUUUUCUCCACAACACACCAUAAUCAUAAAUAGUAUUUAAGUGAAUUUGUAAUCAAUAGUAUUCAGCAACACUUGAACUCUAUAGACUUUCAAAGGACCGGUUUAAUUUUACUGUAAACCUAGUGUUAAGGCAACUGAAAGCAGUUUGACUCGGAUUUGUCGUACCAGGGCUACUUAACAUCAACGACCAUCCGGGAGAAGCAGCUAUCGAAAAUAAAAAAGAAAAAGAAGAAAAGACCACAUGGGAAGUCCGCGAAGAAGACCAUGGCACUAUAGAAGCGGACUAAAAUAAGUUAAAUGCGCAAGAAACUAAAGAAAGCCAAGAUUUCAUAGCAAAGGGGAAUCUAGCAAAACAAAUAACAACCAGCGCCAUUUGACGAUAAAGAAACACGUUUUUUCGCAAUAGAACAAGUUUUAAGUUUAUAUCAACCGUUAUUACAAGGAAUCAAUAGAAAAGAGAAUUUAAAUCUUAAGUUUUUUAAGUACAUUUAAACAACACUGGUUAAUUUUGGAACUUUUAAUAUUGAUUUAAAUUGAUUUUUAUAUGCAAACUCUCUAUAUAUAUCUAGUGAAAAGUAAUUUAGUGAAAGACUCUGGACCUACACAUUAAGGCUAAGUGAUAUUUGAAAUAUUUGGCAAAUAAGUUUUCGGGAAAAGCUUUCGACCAAUUUCAUCAACCGCUCCAGACUGUAUGGUGGAUGAAAACAAAUUAAGCAAACUAAAAACAAAUUCUUGUGCCUUAAAUUGGCCUUAAAUUAUAAGUAAAAAAGGUAAGAUAAAAUUACUCCAAAAAAAGUUACAAAAAUAUCUAAAUUUUACCGAGUUUACCUACCUGUUGAAGCGACUUCUAGAUUUGUUUAAAUAGUACAAAAUUAAAAUAAAAUUAACAUUAAGACUUAGUUAAAUAUUUGCGUUAUUUCUAUACCUAUAACGUUUUAUAUGAGUAUGUAUAAUUAAUGGGCUUAACAAGGGCUAGACAUACAAUAAACUGACAAUAUAAAAGAAGACAGAGAGAAGAGAAGAAGACAGGAGAUAUACAAGAAUUUAUAGAAGAAUUACAAGAAUUUACACCUAAACCAAGAAACAGCAACCAAGUUGUCGCACAAGAGGCAACACUCAGAUCCGAAGACAUCGUCGGAGUACGAAAAGAGUGUGAAUAAAAGAACCGCGAGCGAUCGCAUGUCCUCGUUGUGACGAUACGUCCGAAACUGGAAUUAAUGUUGAAAUACUUCAAUGAAAACAUAUCCCUAGCGCUGCAGGAGAGGUACAGGGACCUCCAUGAGUAUCGGAAGACGGAAGCGGUAGAGGAGGGCUCACCGAGGGAGGCUAAAGUACCGAAAAUAGCUGAGGAAGGCGAGCAGGUCGGCGGCGAGGGCGCGUUUGAGCCGAGCGCCGCGCCGCCGUUCCCGAGGCUGCUGGACCCUCCCAAGGAGGAGGACAACUUCGUGGCGAGCUGGCUCCAGAACUCCUUCAAGAUGACCGCCGCCGAAGGCAACCCCGAGGCUUCCGCGGGAGGCAGCGCGCUGGACCUCCGCGCUGCCCCUCUAUCUCUCCACAUACCAACUCUGCAGCAAGCGGCUGAGGCGCAGAGGCAGUUCAAGAUGCAGGACUUCUGGAACAGGAGCCGGCCAGGCUCUCCCAGCCAGGACCAGCUGGGGGAGGGCCACAGCCAGCCGGGGCCGGCGCCUCCGACGCCGCAGCCGCCAGCCACGCCAGACCACAAGAUUAUGACUGAAAAACUGGUCAAUGAAAUACAGCAGCAACAGCAGUCACCUUCAGCCGACUCAACCAUGAGUGAGAGAUCACUCGUACCGUUUGCGCUGGUAAAUUUACUAUCAACACUCAAUAAUAUCGAUCCUCAACAACAGUCGCCGACCGGGGAGACGCCGCUCGGUGAUCGCAACGCGAUGUUACCCUUCGCUCUGGUAAAUGUCCUGAAUAGCCUCAAUAUCGAUCAACAAGCGCGGUCAGGGCAGAGCAUCAGUGAGAGAACCCUAGAGGAGUGCUGGUCGACACUUCAGCGAGUGAGUUGGCAUCUGUUUCAAUGUAUAUUUAUGCACAAAAACGCCAUGCAGAUGCACGCAAGAGAACUGCAAAGGGGUCUUGGAGGAGAAGUAAAGCCUCAUCAGUGUCAGCAGUGCUUGAAGUCCUUCAGUUCCAACCAUCAGCUGGUGCAGCAUAUUCGAGUGCAUACGGGGGAAAAGCCUUACAAGUGUUCCUACUGUGACCGACGGUUCAAGCAGUUGAGUCAUGUGCAACAGCAUACGAGAUUGCAUACAGGGGAGCGCCCUUACAAAUGUCACCUACCUGAUUGUGGUAGAGCCUUCAUCCAGCUGUCGAACCUUCAACAGCAUCUGAGGAACCAUGAUGCUCAGGUGGAAAGGGCAAAGAACCGUCCCUUUCAUUGUAAUAUCUGUGGCAAAGGGUUCGCGACUGAGAGCAGUUUGAGAACGCACACGGCAAAGGAGCUUCAGCUGCACCUUGGUGUUUUGCAGCAACACGCGGCACUCAUGAUAGGUGGCGCCACCGCCACUCCAUGCCCAAUAUGCCACAAAGUAGUGUUCGGGGGCGAAGCCCUAGUAGAACACAUGAAGAACACACACAAGGACCCCAAUGCAUCCGGCGUUGCGAGCCCUCCGGCUACGUCACCAUACCCGGCGCAAGCUAAACCUGUUGACCCUUACAUAGCGAAGCGACGGACGGCGAACCACCCGUGUCCUGUCUGCGGGAAGCACUAUGUCAACGAAGGUUCGCUGAGGAAGCACCUGGCCUGUCACCCGGAGACCCAGCUCACCAGUGGACUCCGAAUGUGGCCGUGUUCCGUCUGCCAAGCUGUGUUUACGCAUGAAAGUGGUCUCCUCUCCCACAUGGAACACAUGAGAAUGGAACCUAAACAUCAGUUCGCCGCGCAGUACGUGCUGUCUCGAGCGGCCGCCGAGAGACGAGAGAGAGACAUCAUCGCUGCCGUCUCGGCCUCUGCCGGAGGAUCAGGCCUCUUGAACCUCGCGCCGCCCUCCCCAGCGCACUCGGACUCUUCCUCGAAUGGACGACUGUCUUCCUCUGCUGGUUCCGAAGCAGGGGCAGCAGUCAACAAACUCACGGACCUACUCAGAUCAGCCAAUAAUGGACACCAAGCAUACGGAGAUGAGAGAGUAGCCGCCAUUGCCGCGGCCGCCGCCAACAUGAUGGCCCAGCCAGGCGAAGGUGCUAGUGCCGUGCAGGUAGCUGCUGCCAACCUGGUAUCCGCGAUGAGGCAGCAACUGGCCAGAGAGCCGCCCCCGGCUCAACCACCUGCGGAAACUCCACCAGCACCUUCGGAAGCGGCUUUGAGAAUCCAACAAGCCGAGGCCCUUUUACGAAGUCAGGCUGAGGCAUUACGACUGGCCGUCUCCCAAGCCGCAGCGGCUCACGGCAACGAGGCUGCAAGUCCUUUAAGACAUAAUGGAGGUUUCCCUCCACAACCGCCAAACGACGCUAGUGGACAAAUAUCACCGGAAUUAGUAGAAGCUUUCAGAAUCGCACAAGAGCAGCGACUAGAACAGGCUUUGAGAUUGCAUGAUCCCAGGAUGUUGGGUUUUAACCUGCCUUCACCGGUGCAGCAGGCGGCUCAACAGGCUGCUCAGCAAGCCGCGCAGCAAGCUGUCGCCGCUCAGCAGGCGGCGGCUCAGCAGGCUGCCCAACAGGCAGCGCAGCAGGUGGCCCAGCAAGCUGCCCAGGCUGCACAGCAAGCGGCUCAGCAGGCCGCGCAACAGGCCGCACAGCAGGCCGUCCAGCAGCAGCACAUCCAGGCCGCGCAAGCCGCGCAGGCCGCUCAGGCCGCCCAGCAGGCUGCCCAGCAAGCUGUCCACCUCCAGCAAAACCCUCAGCCAUGAAAAUUUAGCUAUUACUAAUCCGAUGCGAUUUCGACGCAGUAGGUGUAAUUUAGCUCGUAAAUCCUAGUAAAAAUUAUAAAAGGGGGACUUUUGUAUUUUUUCGACGAAAAAUUAUUUUAGCCGGAGUUCGAAUGAAAUCGCCUCUGAUUGGUAAUUCGUAACAAUUUAUUAUUUUACCGAGUUAGUUUUGGACUCUAAAGUGUUUUUACGUUUAAUUUUAGCCGGCAAAAGUAUACAAUUAUGAAAAAAGUAAUAACAUUAAUUUAGAUAGAACUAACUGUUGUAAAUAGGGAAACUUUUAGCGGAAACAAAUUUUACUGUAUAUAAAAUAAAAAGUACCUAAAAUAGUUGAAUGAAUGAACAAAAUGGAACAAAAACUCGCCCGAACAAGUAAUUAGAUGUAGAGUUACGACAAAUAAUAUUACAGUGCAAUCUUCUAUUAUUUGUUUGGUUAUUAUUGAGUGUUUUUAUUAGAAAUAUAUAUUUAUUUUUAUUAGCUUUACCACAGAGCAGUGAAUUUCUUAGCUUAGUACAAACUUUUGGAUGUGCCAAACAGGUUUAAGCACGUUUUAUCGCAUUUAGCGACGGUUUAUUGCAAUAUAAUUAGUUGCAUUAUGUUUCCAUAGGAUAUUUUAAUAUUAAUUAUUCAAUUUUAAUAAUUAUUUUUAUUUAUCUUUUCACGCAAUAACACGUCUUAUGCUAGUCACGUUUUGAACGCACAAAAUAAUUCUAUUUAACAAAAAAUAAAUUUUAUUUUUACUUUAUUUUCAUUUUCAAAAUUUCUUAUUUCUUGGCGUAUUUUAUUUUUAAAUGCCAUAUUAGAUAAUAAUUAUGUAAAUACCGUAGCACUUUACGCAAAUGUUGAUGCUUUUGUUUUAUAAAUUAAAAAAUAACAGUUUAUUUUAACAUUAUACGAUUAUUAUUUUAACUGGAAAACAAUUAUUUACAAAAUGAUUUGUAUAGUUGUAUAGGUAUAUAUAUAAAAAAUAUUCAUUAUUUUUUCAGAAGACUGCCGUUACUUAUCUUUUGUAUGUAAAUAAAUCAAAAUGGAAUUGUAAUUGAUAAAUAAAAAAUAGCGAUUUUUCACUGAACUUACAGUCAACAGGACAAUUGAUCACAAUUGGACUAAGCGUCAAAGUUACAUAAAACUAACAACUACUAGAACUUUGGACGACAAUUACCUUGAGUAGACAAACAGAAACACAAGACAUUCUUUUCAUCACGGAUGUUCACACAGCCCAAAUACUUAAUACAUUUAUUUUUAUUUUUCAAACAAGCAUAAUUAAACAGCAAUAGCCCAGAAAUCAUUUUUAAAUGAUUAAUAGUUGCAUUUUGCAAUUAUACAAUCAUUAAACAAUAAACUUAAUAAUGCAUACAGUUGCCGCAAUAGAUUUAUAGUUCACGAUUGCAAAAUAUCCCCCUGUUUUACAUGAAAAAUAUGGGGGAUUUUUUGCAAUCCCAAAUUUAAGAGAAUGUCAAGUGUUGCCGAAUAUUAAUUCUUUUUAAUAUUAUCAACAUGUAUUAUAUAAGGGACAAUUUAUGUGAACCAAAUGAAUGCACUUUAUUUCGUUCAUACAAGUUGUAUUAAUACGUAUAAUCGUAACAUAGGUAAGGUAAAAAUAAGCUGAUUUUAAUGUACGUCAUUGUUUCAUUCUUGAAUUAAUAUUGGUAUAUUCGUUCAGUGGUGCACUAUAUCCAAGUGUUCUCUCUGCUGCGUUAUAUCAAUGUAAAUAGGAAAAAAAAUCAAUGCAAUAGCCCAAAAAUCAUUGUUUAUUUCCGUAUCGUGUUCUUAUUUUUGUGGAAGAAAGAUGUUUUUAUUUCGAAAUAAUUUUCUUAAUUCUUUAUUUCGUUAAUGAAAUACACAACUUUUCGGCAAAGAUUUAUUUAUUGUUUUGGAACGGACAGGCAAGUAACAUCGAGACGCGAGUGGUUACCAAUACCGUAUACAUAUGUUUUCUAGGAAACGUGAGUAAAAAUUCAAUUAUAUUGGACGUGAAACCAUUUUGACUGAUACAAACCAAAAAUGAUAUGAUAAUCGCAAUAAAAUUCCAAGUGAACGGAUCGCUAUUUAUGUGUAAAAAUGUCCUCAUAAAUUUAAUAUAUAAAUAAAUUAAUAUAACAACAAAAGAAGUUCCUAUGAAUAUUGUAUAAAAGGUAUUGUUUUAAAUUUAGGUCUUAGUAGAAGGAAAAAUUUAUGAACGUUUGGUAUUUUUAAAGUUAUAAUUAAUGAACCAUCAUGUUAGGGAACUUGACUCGGGAGGUGACGAGUUGUACAAAAAUAAAAAAGCACGGAUCGUGAAUCCUAACAUUAGAUUUUUAGAUCAAAAGUUACGUUUCCAAGAAAGUGUUCAUGUCGCAUCGUGGUUCAUAUUUUUGCGCGCCGUAUUUCAUUGUAAAAAUAUUUGUAAAAAAAACAUAUUCAAGUUGUAUUUUCGAGAUGGUAAAAUUUAAUUAUAAGAAUUUUUGAUUAAGAUACGAAAAUAAAAUGAAAAAAAUAGUGUUUAGGUAUAAUACGGCGCACAAAAAUGUGGAAAUAAACGUAUUUUCUGUGAUCAUCGAAAUGGAAUAGUUAUAACAGAUCGUGUCUGCGAGUUGUCAGAGGUUACUUUUAAGUUUUCGAAGGUGAAUUUUUUUAAUGUUAUACGGAAAAAAGGUGAAAAUGUUUUUCUACAUUUAUUUUAUGAGAAAAAAAUCCGUAGUUAAGCAGUGUACAUUAAAUAUAAAGCCUAAUUAACAGUAAAGGCGAUGUACGGAUCGCCGAUACGGAGUCAAAUAAUAUUACAUUUGUGCACAUUUGUAAUAUUUUUGACUGUUUUUUAGUAUCAAUAGUACCUACUGGAUUCAGUUGAUGUCAUUUCACAUGCAGUACUUAGUCUGCAUGAAUCUCAAUUUUUAAAAUGCGCUGUCAGUUUUUAUGGAUACGACGCCUAGAUUAAUUGGCUAUUAAUUAAUGUUUAAAGUUACAUUAUUGUGUUAUUUAAUUGUUUUGUUACUAGAAAAAAUCGUUGACGAACGUUUUUGGUAUCACUUUUUUACUGUCCUAUACAGUUUGGAUGGUUGGUUUGUUCAUAUUAGAACAGUAAAAAAGUGAUAAUAUGAGUACUUACAAAUAAAAUUGUUCUUACAUCUGAACAUCGAAUCGCGACCUACAACUAGCGAUUACAUUACAUUUUUUAUUUCAAAGUUAGAGGAAAAAUAUUAACAGCUGCUACUUUGAUAUUUCGAAACAU